AUGUCCUGUGAGAGUGAAUGCCUUUCUCCAGAGGGAAAUCCAUUCCAAGGCUCCACAAAACCGGCUCCGUCUUCGCCUCCUCCGCUAUUCUCAUCACCUCCUCAAGACAUCGAAAAGCCUGCCAUACCGUACAAGCAGGGUCAGAAACUUACUAUCUUCCGCCACAACUCACCACCGCCACUUGGCCGACCAUAUCCUAAUUCUCGUGCCUUGACUCCAAGAAAGACUCUGAAAGGAUUGACUCAAUUGGAAUAUUGCCUCUCCGCUUCCCCUUUGGAAGGAACUACCAAGAGUCAGGAAACCUCGUCUUUCGUUAUCACCAAAGAGCUUGCUCUCUGUGAUGGUCGUGGCGCUCAAUUCAUUCUAGUCGACAACGGGUGGGUGACAAAGAUAUACGAUCCUCUGUAUUAUCCGACCUACCAUAAAGACACCUCCAUCAGAGCGGACGUUGUCGAAUGGGCUGAGUGUGACUACAGCAGGGAAGGCGCUGCUUAUGAGGAAUUAACAGGACGGUUUGGGGGGACAGUAAUCCCAAAGUAUCACCGGUUCAUGGACAUGUGA